AUGACCACUGGAUUAGGCAGCUUUAAAAUAGGAUUAGACAAAUUAAUGGACGAUGGGUCUAUCAAUGAAUGGCUAUUAGGCAUGACAGGCAGGAUCUGCAGUUGUAGUGUGGACUGCUCCUGUUCAGGAUACAGUGGUACCUCGGGUUACAGAUGCCUCAGGUUACAGACUCCGCUAACCCAGAAAUAGUACCUCGGGUUAAGAACUUUGCUUCAGGAUGAGAACAGAAAUUAUGUGACGGCAGCAGGAGGCCCCAUUAGUUAAAGUGGUACCUCAGGUUAAGAAGUUUCAGUUAAGAACAGACCUCCAGAACGAAUUAAGUUCUUAACUCGAGGUACCACUGUACUUCAUUCCAUUCCCCUUUUGCCCUCCCCAAGAGUCAGGCAGCAUUUUGUACUCAGUGAGCAUGCUUGGUCCUCUUUGGCCAUUUCAGAGGUUCCUCCCUUUACGUCCAUAUAAUUUUUUAAAAGUUCUUUGUACUUGUAGAAACAUGGUUCCCGCCUGCUGAUACCACCCCCAUGUGUUCAGGUGUUGCCAUUUUCAUAAGAAUGGCGCUUGUAACAUUUGAUUGCUAAUACAGUGGUACCUCGGGUUAUGUACUGUAAUUCAUUCUGGAGGUCCUUAACCGGAAACAGUUCUUAACCUGAGGUACCACUUUAGCUAAUGGGGCCUCCCGCUGCCGCCACACAAUUUCUGUUCUCAUCCUGGGGCAAAGUUCUUAACUAGCAGAGUUUGUAACCCAAGGUGUUUGUAACCCGAGGUACCACUGUAUAUAACACUUACUUGGGGUGUCCCCCAGCUUCCUCUGCUCGCCAACCUGCCCGCCAUUCUCCCUCACAUUACCCCCUAGAGCUUCCCCUUGCCACCUCAUGCAACUACCUCACGCAACUCUUUCCUGACCCAAUUCUGAAGCCACUUCUUGCUUCUAUUCUGCAGCCCCACUCUCCACCUGUGUUCCCAUGUCUAUACCUCCUUCCCUCUCCCUUAGAGCUGUUACUUUGCACACAAACCACCAAGUGUCAUCCCAUAUGUUCUACUGCAUUUUAUUGUCACUUUCCUUAUGGCAAAAGUGUGAUCUUUCAGAGAAGUGUGUUGUGCAAGAGCUCCAAAUCCACUUUAAUUGUACAACCUGAAUUUGAUAGUUGUUUUAAAUUGUUUUAAGUGCACUGCUCAGAGAUUCUUUGAUUAAAGAGUUUAUAACUACUUCUCAGGAAGGAAGUAAAACUUUCUACAAUCUUUGGUAUUUUUUUGAGCUCUGAUAGCUAUAUGAUUCUUAACACAUUUAUGUUUCUGCCAGCUAAUCCAAUAUAGCACAGUCAGGAGGCACCCAGAAUAUCAAUCUUAUGCAUGCCUACAAUAAGUUCCAAUGAGUUCACUUGGACCUGUUCCCAGGUAAAUGGUUAUUGUAUUACAGCUGCAUUUUGCAAGGCAUCAGAUGCUGUCUGAGAAAACCACACUUGAGAACAAGGAAUCAGAAGCACAGAAAUGCCAACUCUUUUACAGAGUGGAUGGACAGUAAUGCACAUCAAACCUGGAGAGGACAGUUGAACUGUACAUGCUCUCGAGUCCUGUACUUACUGUGGUUAACAUUCUUGAAGGCAAGGCCAGAUCCACAUAUUAUGUGCCACAUUACAUAUAAAAGCUCACUGCCUGGCCAAAUAUGUGAUUCUAGCUUUGUCUUCAAGAAUAUUAAAGACAAUAAGUAAUGUAAUAUGACAACAGUGAAACAGUCAUUUAAUAAAAUAUGAAAACAGCAUUUAGCUUCUCAAAAUACUUUUAAUAUACAAGUUGCAUGUUCCAUACCAAGCACUCACAUUUCCAUGUGUCCUUCCUAGGUGAGAAUUACAAACUACAAAAAUUUCCAAAACAAUGAGUUUCCAACGCUCAGUUCAGGCAACACAGAGCUAUUUUGUUACCCCCCAAAUCCAUCUGUUUCAACACAUCAGUGACUAUGUAACCCUAUGAAGGUUAACAGUUCUCACAACGUUGACCAGGUACUCCAGUUCAGGAUACUGUUCAUUAGUCUAUGCCAACCUGGAGCCCUCCAGUUAUUUUGGACUUGCAACUCCCACCGACCCCAAGCAGCACCGUCACACUGGUGGAGCUGAUGGGAGCUGUAGUCCAAAACAUGUGGAAGACACAAGAGUUGGUAAAGGCUGCUGUAAGUUAAUCAUAUUUUUAAAAAUACAUUUAAGAGAACAUACCAAAAUGAACAUAAAUUUCCUUUUCUAUACAACUUUACAGAGGUAUAUGCAAAAGGGGCUAUAUAUACUAACUGAAAACCAUUCCAAGUUCUGCUACAAACAUGCUCUGAAUGUUGCAAAAUUUUAAACCGAGCAAUUCUUUUCUCAACUAUUGCAAUAUAUUAGUGCAAAGGUUUAGGACAGCAUGUUUUAUGUAUCUUUAGAAUGCUGAUGAACACAAACAUUUUAUACUGUGAGAUACAGACACACAUAGACAUGGCAUAUCUGAAGAGCCAAUGCUGCAACCAACCACUGGUUCUAGUGGCCAUCUCUCUGUUUUUGGAGUGUAAAUAAACAGACUGGAGAAGAUAGAGCAACCUGAUUCAUGUCAUCAGGCUGCUUGCCUUCCAAUGGAAUAAUCUUAACAUACAAUUUGACACUAUUUGCUUGAGCUGGAGGUAGGAGUUAUUUUAUGAGAUAUAGCCGAGGGGCUUACCUUUCUUCACUGGCUUAAUUAAUUAUAUGCAAAAAAAAAAAUCCACCUCCAAAUCAGAUUCUCAUUGGUUUGGAUACACAUAUCAGUUUAUUAAUCCAAGAUUAUGAGCUUUGUGCCAACACAUUCCAUCUGUGUGCUACCCUUUCCUCCAUUCUAUGUGUGCUGUGACCAAAAAUUCCCUGUUAAUUAACCAUGUGCUUCCCAUUCUCUGAUGGGGUGAAAGACAGGUUGCUUGCCUGGAACUGUGGUUCUUUGAAUGGUCAUCUGUGCAGUUACACAUACGGGUUCUGCCAACUCCACAGAGCAACAUUCAGAACAUUUUAGAGUUAGGUUUUGCUGGGAAGCCUAUUCCCAACCCUCAGUAUGCAAAAAGGGACAUGGUUCCCACUUUUCUGCUCAGUUCGACAGAAUAACCAAAGUGGCUAUACUGUAUAGGGAAGCACCAGAGCAAGAGCAGGCCAACAACAGCACCUGCAGCAAGGAAGAAGACUGCAGAGGGCAACUCAAAGAAAAACAGUACAGGUAAACAAUCUCUGUGGUUUCUGUGUAGUCCCACGUACAAGAGAAUACCAAACUGACUUACCUGGGUAGCAUGCUUUCCAAUACUGACACAAGCACACAUAGGACUCAGUUCAGGACAGGUUAUAGUAAAAUCCUACAUGGAUGUAAGCCUCAGAUUUAGUGGGAUUUACUCCCAGAAUUACAGCCUUAGUCAGUUAGGUUCAGUGGAAAUCAGUAUGCUUUCAUCACCAACAUUUCACAUUGAUCAGCUUUCUUUGGAUUGAGGCCAUGGCAAUUCACAAAUUAAAGACUAAAUUAUCACAUCAUGUGAUAUUCCAGUAUCCCUGGAUAGAGAUUAAGUCCAUAUAUACAAGAGGAGGAUCAGGAUUACAAUGUCCCACCCAUGCUCCCACCUGAUCUUUGCACAUUGCACACAGAGGCCAAUGUACAGAGCUGAUCUUUGUGACCCUGGCACCUUUAUUUUGAGGUGUGCAGAUCACAUGGAUUGUCUUAUAUGCACUGAGUUUAGGAAUGUGGGUUGCUAUGCAAACAUUCAACAUGCAAUUGUCAGGAAGAGAUAGGACAGGUAUCCCAAAGGGGCUAGGUCCCACCAGUGUAAUCCCAGUUCCUCCUCAUGGAUCCAGAUUUAAUAUUUGCACAGGACUAGUGAAUACAUUUAAAUAUCCACAUCUAAAAUGACUUUGGGAAUUACAAAAAAAGUUUGCUUCUUUUACUAGUUUAGUUUCCUGAAAAACAGAUCAAUCAAAUUUGAUGCAUGCAAAACAAAAAACAAAAACACAGAACGAAUCUCCCUCUUGAAACAUCAUACUCUUCAAAAAAUAUACAAAGCAUAGGACAAUCUAGAAAGGUAAUAGUACAGUAUAAGAUUUCUGUUGUACAUCCUAAAGAUUUUACUGUAUUAUUAACAGGUAUAGUUUUUCAUUACGACUUAUAAUGGAGCUGUAGUAACACAUACUAUUUCUCUUCCUGUAUUAAAUACUUUAAGGAAGAGUGAUUCAAAUAUACUUUAAUUUCAAGAACUAAAGAACACUAAAGAAGGGUAUAUUGCAGGUUCAGGGCUCUUUACAAAAUGACAUAGUAUCAGAUCCCUAAAAGAUCAAAGUUGUGGGUUUGUACUUUAAUGAAGCAGUUCACAGAAUUAGGGUUUCACAACAGUGGAGACAGGAACUCAAGAUAACCAUUUGCUAUCAGUGCACCAACACACUUUUUUCAGGCUCAGUGUAGAACAACUAAAACAGUUAAUGAGGCUACAAUAUACUAAAGGGAAUGUCAGGACUUUCCUAAGUGGGACACAACCAUGUGGCUGUUACCAUCUGCCGUGUUCUUUAACCCACAACAGCGUAUCGCACGCUUAGCAAAAUAGUAGCUGCAGAUGAGCAUCAAGAUCAAUCUUGGGCAAUUACAGAAAAGAGGCAUACAGCAAAAUGGACAUGUUUGUUCUGUAAGUAUGAAUGUUUGGAAUCGCCAAAUAACCACUUUUCUAGAUGUGAAAUUAGGUUUAAUAACAUGGGCAAAACGGUAAAUGCAAAGUAUUACUACUUGAGUUAUCAUAAUUUUCAGAAGGGCAGCUAUGUUGGUCUGUUGCAGUAAAAAACAAUGAAGAAUGUUGUGAUACCUUAACUUACUAAUUAUUGUGUAUGUUUUUGUGGACCACAGUCCAUAGUCAAUUCAUUAUGUGUAAAAGUGUAACCCUUAAUUGGCACACACAUUGAAGAUUACAUUUUACACACCCUAUGGUCUGUGACAUAGUAGCAAUUUCUUAACCAAUUAACAAAUAUGUUCAUAUUUAAGGUGCUUUUGAUUUAUCGUAAUUUCAUCAUAAUGUGGAAUAAUAUGGACCAAGACACAUGGCAGAAGUAUUCUUGGCAUACAUCAUGUACUUUGGAUGCUAAUUACCUUUUAAUGUGUGUCAGCUUUCUAUUUCUGUGACUAAAAGUCAGGUUUUCACACUGCCAUUGAGGUCACCAAAUAUGCCCAACCCCAAAAAUGCCACCAAGAUCAGGUUUAACUGAUUCACAUCAAUCCUGGUAUUAGGGGAAACAAAUUUAGCAAGUGAAAAAAAUUUCUGUCAUCAAAAUUAACUGAAGUUUGUUGACAUAGCAGACAAAAAGCAAUUCUGUAUGCAUCCAUGCUUUAUAGCCUGAAGUUUUUAAUUUCUUAAAGAACACAGUAAACUAUAAUACAUUCCUCUUCCAUUUUACUUAAGCAACAAUUGAAAGUAUUUUACCCUAAAGACAAGUUUUCCCAUGUAUCCAGGGGGAACUUCUGAAACUUACAUAGUCUAAUAGCUUGCAUGGUGUUUAAACUUAAAAUAACUGAAGUGAUUGCCCAGUAUAGAUGUACUGCGAAUAAAUGACGAACAAAAUUUAAUCCCUUACACUCAAAACUUCAUUACAUUGGAUGUGCAUUUGUUUUUUGCUUGUUUUUAAUGGUGGUGUUAUGCAUGUGUGCUGUGUAUGUAUUCCCAUGUGCCCUUCAUUUCUCAAGUAGAUGACAAGCUGAUGGUCCUACCCCAAAUCUGAGUGGAGACCCAGUCUUAAAUCUUUUAUGAAUCAUUGUAGACCUAGGUUUCUCUGACAGAUGACUGAAUCUGAUUACUGCAUCCCUUGCUACCUUCAGCCCCUUCUUCUCUACUCUUUGCUGCACUUUUCAACAUCUGCUAG